UUCACCUCCCCGCAAAGGAGAGGAAUUAUUAUACCAGCAAGUCUAAAGCUGUUGAAACUCGAGAGAUAGCUGGAUGCAUUUACUGCAAGCUUGUACCGAAAGACUAUUGUGCAAAGAUCUCUGCGUCAGAAGUAAAAACUACGGCCUUCUUGAAUAAAUCACUGAGCGAAGCAAACGUUAAAUGGUUGCUUUGGUGAUGUUUUGAUCGCGUCCAUAAUUUACAGCAGAUCAAUGCAGGCCGGCAGGUGGCUUCUCGAAGCUUUGACCAGACAGUAUCUACAAACGAUUUGUGAGAUUCCGAUGAAAUAUGAAAAAGUCUACAUCAAAUCUGAAUGCUUCAACUCCCAGUGAGAUGCGAAGUGAGACGAAAGCAAGGUUUGCAAAUGGAUCACGAAAACAAAGUUAUAACAGAGAGGAUCAACCUUGCGGAGAGAUCUUUCAGCACAUUACUGAAAGAUUUUACAGCUUAUGCCGCAGGACUACAAUCCUUGCAAGAAAAAGGCAUGAAACUAUCAAAGAGUGUAGAUAUCUUUUCCGAUGAUGAGUACCCAUCAAUGAAGGCAAGUUUAGGUGGCAUCAGUGAAAGUAUAGCUGCAGUGCAGGACUAUAUGGGAGCCCAGGUAGACUUCAUGGAAGCAAAGGUUUCUCCCCCAUUGUCUUUGAAUGCCACAAAUGUCAAACAUGCCAGAGAAUAUGUCAAGGAACUGGCCGUCACCAGAGAAAAAGAAUCAGUAAAACUCAAAGCAGUGGAUAAACUCAAGGCUAAAGAACCAAAGAACAAGGGAAAAAUUUCACAGGCUGAGGAGGACCUGCAAAAGUUAGCUGUUGAUGCUAACCGAUCAAGACAGACACUGGAAGAACAAAUGGUGGAAUUUGAAAGAAAGAAGAUGGAAGACAUCAGGUUGGUAUUUAGCAAUUUUUUUCAUGGUCAAAUGAUGUUUCAUGCCAAAGCCCUCGAGCUCUAUACAACUGCAUUUCAGCAUCUGGGUUCCCUGGAUGAGGAGCAAGACAUAGAGGCAUUCCAGAAUGACCUCCACUCUGCAGCAGCACCCUCUCGCCUGGAUGUGGUGAAAAAUGAUUCCCAGGCCUCGCUCAACCGAUUCAGCUCUCAAGGGUCCUUGGGAUCACAACAGUCUCUAAAUAGAACUGGGAGGAGUGACAGGGGUGUAGAUGGUGACGAGGAUACUAGUGAUUUUGAAUGACAGGCAAUUCCUAUUGGCUGAACAGGAAAUUGCACGUGCACUUCUUAGUGUGUGUUGGCUGAGAGAGGGUUGUCAAUUUAGUAUGUGGAGCACGAACAAAGCAUCAGUCGACGAGAGACAAUUUUGAAUACUGUAUUUGCCGUAAAGGCUCUACCAAACCUCCACCGAGGGCUUGUUAACUCCCAGGACUUUUAGAUGGGGGAUUGUAUCUGUGAGAGAGAGAGAGUUGGGGGAAAGAGAGCUCACCAAGAACUAACUCAUGAAACCAAACUGUGAUUCGUCACUUCUCAUCUGACCCAUACCGCGCUUCAAUGCAUUUCUGUAGGUAUGUAACGGAAACUGACAGGACAACUUUAUUCGAAAACGUUACCUAGACCAAAUACACAACAAAACUAGAGUUUCUAUCGGAAAGGAUGGAAAGGCGAGAGGCUUAUGAAAGAGAAGGAAGGAGAUUACUAGAUACGUACUUGAAGCUGUAGAUAGGGGACUUAUUAAGGUGAUUGCAGUAUUUGCUCAUUUUAGGCCGUCAUGUCUUCACGCAAACAAUAGGUAACUUCAAGGAUUCUUUCCAAUCUUUUUUCACUUGAAUGAUCGAUUCCACCUCGCUACAUUUUGUACUCUCAUUUGGCCAAACCCAGGGAUGGCUAAAUGGCUUAUUUUAACCCUCUUUUGUUCAGAAAUUGUCAAAAGUUUUCAUAUGAACACAUUAAAAUCCUUGAAUUAUUUAUUCAAUUAUUGUUUUUUUUGUAUUUAAUUUUUGUUUUCACGAAGCUUUGUAUUAAAAAAAAAAAAAGAUUUUGUAACCUAACUUUGAUCCUGGCGCCGAAAUUUUGUUUGGCUUCGUCCACCGUUACAGGAAAGAAAGUAAUGAAUGUGUUGAUGACUUAAAAAUAUCCCAGAUGGCCUUUUAUGUAUGGAACUGCAAAAGACUCAACACGAAUGGAUUUUUUACAGGUCCUUUCAGUUAAAAAAAAAAAAUUAAAUAUUCUUUACAGAA